CAGGCCUUGGCCACUUUCCUUAGCACCACUUCUCAUCCACCACCCUUUCUUUAACCCAAAGUCCGCUGGCGGAAAAUCAAAACAAAAUACCUUCCACAAGCAUGAUCACUUUUGACCUGGAGUCUCAACAACACUUUCCAAACUUUACACUCCUUCAACAACUCUUACUGCCAGACCGUCAUGAACACCAUGACCACAAAGUCCAUCGGGGCCGCCCUGGCCACCUUCCUGGGCGCCGUCAAUGGCGAUCUAAUCAUGAACACCCCGACCCCGUACAACCUUCGCGGGACUGCCAAACUCCUCCAAGUCGAUCAUCUCGGCGCGAAACUUCCUUUUCCAUGCCAAGGCGCGACCGAAGUCGUUUCGGUAACCCCACUCACAGCCGGCAGCUCACAGCUCGUCAAGUUCACCGGCGGCGCCCAGCAUGGCGGCGGAUCCUGCCAGUUCGCUCUGACGUACGACUACCCGCCCCCGGCCGACGUGUCUAAGUGGAAAACUAUCUACACCAUCAUCGGCGGAUGCCCCGUCUCUGCAGCCGGCAACCUUCCAGUGACCGGCACCGACCAGGACGGGCGCGCCGACUCGGUUCAGUGCGGCAACGAUUCCGGCACCGAGUGCAUUCGCCAGUUUGAGAUCCCCGUCCCUAAGGACAUUCCCAACAGCAAUGCCACCUUUGCCUGGACGUGGUUCAACAAGAUUGGCAAUCGCGAGAUGUACAUGAACUGCGCACCUGUGGCCAUCACGGGCGGUUCCGACGACCAAACCUUCUUCAACGAGCUGCCGACAAUGUUCACUGCGAAUAUCGCCGGAGCUUGCACCACCAACAACGGCGUGCUGAAUAUCCCCAAUCCAGGGAAGUACGGCGUGGUUCUUGAGCAACCCGCUGCGGAUAGCGAGGGCACCUGUGCCAAGGCGUCGGGCAUCCCAACUUUCGAGAGCGGUGGCGGUAGCGGCGGCGGCAAUGGCACCGUCAGCACCUCCGUUGUCUCAGCACCGCAGCAAUCCCAGACUGCGACAGCAACCGCGACCGCGACGGUCAACCCUCCCAACCCGAGCACCACGGCCGACCCCGACUCGGCUUGCCCCGCACCCAGCGCGACAUCUCCCUCAUCCGGAUUUGUCACCAAGACGUCUGCUGCGGGUAGUGCCCAGCCGACGUCUGCGUCAUCCGGAUUCGUCACCAAGACGACCGCUGCUGCCGGCGGUGGCGGCGCUCAGCCAACAUCUGUUGCGUCCAGCGCCGCUCCUAUCGCUUCGAGUGGUCUCGGUACCGGUUUCGGUUUCGGCUCCGGUUCGUCCGGUGGUGCCCAGCCAUGCUCCGCAAAUGGGGCUAUUGUUUGCUUCAGCGAGACUUCGUUUGGGCUCUGCGCCAACGGUCUUGCGACUCCGCAGCAAGUAGCAGCCGGCACAGUCUGCAUCGAUGGAAAGAUCGGAUAUGCGAGCGCCAAGUUCAGGCGCUGUAAGUUUUGGUAAACGAACCAUCGUUGGUAGCACUGGUCGUCGCGGGGCGGCGAUUUUCUUCGUCUAGAC